AUAUUGUUGUGGAUAGCUAAUGCGCUCACUCCACAAGAGAUCCGGGAUAGGAUCCUGGACGUGAAUUCAACCUUUCAACAAGAACUUGUUCAGUACCUUGAGUCUGUUCAUAUGGGAGAAUUUUUUGAUGGCCAGAGUAUGCGUGACAUCGCCACAGAUGUCAACGCUAAGGAAGAAACAGCCAAAGCAUCUGGUUCCCGAUACGUUCCCCCAACGGAAACUCUGCCAAUAGCGUCACCUGCAACGUGUAAAACACAUCAGAAUAAGGAGCCUGUUUCCGGCUGUAAAAGAUGUGAUCAGACCAACACUUGGUGGGACGGUUUCAAAGCAACAGUCAAUGAACUGGUGUGGCGAACUAAUCGACAUGAGUGUGGCACCCACUGUUUAUCCAACAAAUACGGCACCUGCAAAGCCCGGUACCCACGAGAAGUACGAUCAUCUACGACAGUGGACCCGGAGACUGGUUACUUGAAUCUAAAGAAAGGUGAAGCGUGGAUGAACAUGUUCUCAGCAGUAUUGAGUUACCUACUGAGGUCAAACACUGAUGUUACCAGCUUACUUUCCGGAACAGCUAUGAAGGCUGUUAUAGCCUAUGUCACAGAUUAUGUGACUAAACCGCAGUUACAAACCCACGUACUCUUCGAGACAGUAAGGUCAGUUUUG